GACGACAGACAGGAAGAAGAAGAGGGAGGAGGAGGAGGAGGAGGAGAGGGAAGCUCCGGAAGCCCUGCCUGCCAAUCAUGAGAAUAUUAAGAUCCGUCUUAAUUUAAAGAGACCUUGUCGGGCACUGCUGUGCUGCGAGGGAAAGGUCCGCAUGCGGCCGUAAGUCGGUCAGCCAGUCACGAUCACAGUGACCACUGCUGCAGUCCUGCAGGCCAGUGCAGAUUUUCACGAACAAGUCCGAGCUGUUGCGCCUUGUGGGGACCUCCACUACUCCUGCCCCUCACUGGACUUCUGACGAUCGGACGUGCGAGAUUAGCAGCAGCUCCCGAGGAUUUGGCGAGAGGAGGAGGAGACCGUGGGGAAAAGAAGAAUGAGAAGCGGUUGAAUCCGGUCGGGAUUGGAGCGUCGAUCGGGGGCAGCUGUUGCUGGUUCUCGAUCGGAGAGGAGAGGAAGAAGAAGGACAAGGCGGAGGGGCAGAGCGCAGAGGGGGCUGCUACCACUGCCAGGCGAGAGUCGUCUUGUCGUGGGUGGUAUUGUUCAUGCGAUGGGGAUGGUGGACUUUGUCUCCAAGUUUCUCGGUUUCUGCGAUUAGUUUAAUGAUCGCAAGCACGAAUGUAAUUGGUGAGCGCUCAGAUGGAAGGAUGAUGCGAGCGAGUAGCUUGAAUGUAGUUGCUCUCUGUGCCGGUUGCGUGCUUGGGCUCUCGAGCAUGCCAUGGCGCCUGCGUUUUCUUUCACGAGGGAGUGAUUUUUGAAUCUGGAAGCGGAAAACUCCGCGGACUGCGGACUCCGGGUCUGAGGAAACAAAGCAAAUCAGUACUUUAGGAGCAUUCGCUUCUCAUUCGCCGCAUCUUUUACUUUCUCACGCGGUGCUCCUCCGUCCACCUAGCUUCUGCUUUCUCAGAAACUCGCCUGGGAGAGAAGGCUUCCCCGGGCACAGUGGAAGCGACUGUGUAUGUCUUCACAGGGUUGCAAGGCUUCGAAGUUUGGAUCCGCCCUCAGACUUGGAGCUGAUCAGUCGGUCACUUUUGUUUGAAUGCGGGUGACAGGUGUUAUGCGGAUUGAGUUAGUGUGGGCAGUAUCCUGUGAAGGUGCGAUCAGGGGAGAUUCCUUCUCUGAGCUGAGAUUUUGGAAGGGGUGAGGUUGCAAGCAGUUGGGUUGGGCCCGGUGCUAGUUUCCCAGCUGAGCGUCGAUGGUCGAGGAGAGAGCCGUCCAUUAGCGGGCCUACGAAAGAGUGUAAUCUCCCAUAGAGCACAAUUUUCAGCUGAAUCUUCUUUGGGUCAAUCAGUUUUAUGAGUGAAUUUUCCGCAGACUUCUUCGGCAGUGCUGCCUCUGCCUCUGCCUUCUCUCGUCGUUAGAUACCCCAAUUCCAAGGCUGGGAGAGGAGGAGGAGUUUGUCUGACUACGAGUGUGGCUUUGAUGUACAUAGAUCGUUCAUAAUGUUCAUAGUCUACGAAUCUGCACCUACGGAAUUCAAAACCCAGUAGGUUUCGCUAGGUCGAUCAUCGACCGAGAGGGCCAUAUCCAAGUCAACGGAGGGCGGUUCGGUGGUGGGAAAGGGUUUUGAUUGUGAAUCUGGAUUUCCCUACAGGGAGAGUGAGGAUUUGUCGAGGAGGUUGUCGGCAGCUCAGACAAGGGAUUUGCUGAAGGCGCUCGUAGGACGAGCAGAGUCGGGGAAAGUGAUCGAGGGGGAUUGAAACGCCCUGAGCGUGCAAUAGAACCCCUUUGGACAUGUAGUUUUGGAGGCUUUUUAUGCCCCGAGGAUCGCACGUAUAAGGUGGCCUCAGGAGCGACAGCAAUCUUGGAGCUUGCCAAGUGGCAGAGUAGGUCAACAUGAACAAUCGUACAUCAUCUUCGAGCAUGUUGAUCGCAGAGGAGAGUGGGCUUUCGAGGAUUCCCUCUCAGUCCAAGGAGCCGGGUCGGAAGCGAGAAUGGGUGCCCAAGCUGACGAGCGUGUUAUUCUUCUUCAUCCUCUUGGGUUCGGGCGUUCUUCUCGGGGUGAUGGCCAGCCUUCACAUGUUGGGCUACUUUGAAGGGAAUGUGUUCACGAACCACUGUCGGAAUGGAUUCAGCAAUUGGAUGCCGAGCAACCCCACGCAGGAGUGGCUCCUCCCCAAAAGCUUACAUCACGAAAUGGGUGAUGAAGAAUUGCUUUGGAGAGCGUCAGUAACUCCCCAAAGGGCUGGCCUACCCAUCACUCGAACUCCCAAAAUCGCUUUUAUGUUUCUGACGAAAGGGCCUUUACCUCUGUACAAAUUGUGGGAAAGAUACUUCAAAGGUCAUCGAGAUCUGUUUUCCGUCUAUGUACAUGCCACUCCGGGAUUCCGCCUGGACGUUCCCUACUCGUCGGUCUUCUAUGGCCGGCAAAUUCCAAGCCAGGAAGCACGAUGGGGUGAAAUGUCGAUGUGCGAUGCGGAGAGGAGGCUGCUGGCAAACGCGCUGCUGGACUUUUCAAACGAGCGAUUUGUACUUCUCUCAGAAAGUUGCAUACCAGUAUUCAACUUCACAAUGUUCUACGACCAUGUGAUCAACUCCAGGGCCAGUUUUGUCGGUGCGUUUGACGAUCCCGGGCCCUUUGGUAGAGGGAGAUACAACCCCAACAUGGAGCCGGAAGUUGCAGUCGAGCAGUGGCGGAAAGGUGCCCAGUGGUUCGAAGUCAGUCGAAAACACGCCGUCUUCAUCGUGUCAGACACGAAGUACUAUCCCAAGUUUCGCGAUUUUUGCAAGCCGAAUUGCUAUGUGGACGAGCACUACAUCACCACCAUGAUGUUCAUUGAAUUUCCGAAUGAGAUCGCCAAUCGCAGCGUAACAUCAGUAGACUGGUCUCGUGGUGGCUCUCAUCCGGCUAUGUUCAACAAGCACGAUAUUAGACCAGAACUUAUACAAAGAAUACAAGAUGAUCGGAACUGUGUCCUGUACGGUAUACCGCAUCAGAUCUGCUACUUUUUCGCUCGCAAGUUUUCUCCCAAUACUUUGGACCCAUUGCUGGAGCUUGCUCCCAAAAUGCUGGAAUUGGAAUAGGAGUUGCGAAGAGAAGCACUGCCUUACCAUCAAAGCACGGAGAGGAGUCCCCUUGAACAUUGAUUAGUUCCACUCCUUUGUUCAAAUUGUAUAGUCCGGGAACGUUGUAGAUGAAAGUAGAAUGCUCGAAGUUAUUCAGUCACCACAUAGAUGACAACUGUACUGUAAAAUUCACAUUGCAAUUUUGAUUUCCU